CAUUUGCUUCUUUGGAGCUCGGCCCCGCCGACGAGCUCCGAUGUGCAGCUCUAGACGCGGAGAGUAGAACAUGAUGUUGUACACCUCCCUCCCAAAACUUGUAAUUUGUAAAAGUACUGCCGAGACACACCGAGUCCGAGCGCGAAUAACUAAUUUAAUAGGAUAAGAAGAAGAUUGAAGAAGUUGACGCAGCUCGGCCCGGAAACUAAGAGAAGGGAUUUAAGGGAUAAAACGGUGGGAAAAUUCACUAAGAUUGUGAAUAGUUUUUUGCUCUGACUGGGAGGAAGUAUGGAUCAGCGUUUUGCAUACUCCCCGGCCGACUUGGCUCGGGUGAAGACAGUGCAAUUCGGCAUCCUCGGGCCCGAUGAAAUUCGGCAAAUGUCCGUGGUGAAGAUCGAGAGCAGCGAGACCUAUGACAGAGGAAAGCCCAGAAUGGGAGGUCUCAGUGAUCCUCGAUUAGGUACAAUUGACAGACAUGUCAAGUGCGAGACGUGUUCGGGCAGUAUGGCUGAAUGUCCUGGACAUUUUGGGCAUCUCGAGCUGGCAAAGCCUAUGUUUCAUAUAGGUUUUCUGAAGACUGUCUUGGCACUUCUGCGUUGUGUGUGCUACAAUUGCUCACGAGUACUUGCUGAUGAGGACGAUCAUCGUUUCAAGCAAGCGAAGAAAGUGCGCAAUCCGAAGCAUAGGUUAAAAAAGGUUUUAGAGUGCUGCAAGAGCAAGACGAAGUGCGAGGGAGGUGACGAAAUCGAAGAUGAUACUAAGGAGGAGAUUGAAAAGAAGAAGAAGCACGGUGGUUGUGGAGCACAACAACCAAAAAUUAGCAUAGAUGGCAUGAAGAUUAUUGCCGAAUUUAAGCAACCUCGAAAGAGAGCAGAUGAACAGGACCAGUACAUGCCUGAGCCUGUUGAAAGGAAGCAACAGCUUAGUGCCGAAAAGAUUCUGAGUAUAUUGAAGCGAAUCUCAGACGAAGAAAUAACCUUGCUGGGUUUGAAUCCGAAGUUUGCUCGACCUGAAUGGUUGAUAUUGCAAGUGCUUCCGAUCCCUCCUCCACCUGUGAGGCCAUCUGUAAUGAUGGAUAGUUCAGCACGAAGUGAAGACGAUUUGACCCAUCAGCUUGUUAUGAUCAUUCGCCACAAUAACAAUCUUAAGCGCCAGGAGCAAAACGGAGCUCCAACUCACAUUAUAAACGAGUUUGCACAGCUUCUUCAGUUCCACAUUGCAACCUACUUUGACAAUGAUUUACCAGGGCAACCAAGGGCUACCCAGAGAUCUGGAAGACCCAUUAAGUCAAUAUGUCAGCGGUUGAAGGCCAAAGAAGGGCGUAUCCGAGGAAAUUUGAUGGGCAAGCGUGUGGAUUUUUCUGCACGUACAGUCAUCACGCCUGAUCCAAAUAUCAAUAUUGAUGAACUUGGAGUACCUUGGAGUAUAGCUUUGAACUUGACGUACCCAGAAACUGUCACCCCGUACAACAUGGAAAGGUUGAAGGAGCUUGUAGAGUACGGGCCUCAUCCACCUCCAGGGAAGACUGGAGCGAAAUAUAUUAUUCGAGAAGAUGGCCAAAGGCUUGAUCUUAGAUUUUUAAAGAAGAGUAGCGACCGCCAUUUGGAACUUGGUUACAAGGUUGAGAGGCAUUUAAACGAUGGAGAUUUUGUGCUUUUUAACCGGCAGCCUAGUCUGCAUAAAAUGUCCAUUAUGGGUCAUCGAAUCAGGAUUAUGCCCUACUCAACUUUUCGACUUAAUCUAUCUGUGACCUCCCCGUACAAUGCUGAUUUCGAUGGUGAUGAGAUGAACAUGCAUGUGCCCCAAUCUUUUGAGACAAGGGCUGAGGUCUUGGAACUGAUGAUGGUUCCGAAGUGUAUUGUCUCGCCACAAUCCAAUAAGCCAGUUAUCGGAAUUGUGCAAGAUACUCUUUUGGGCUGUCGUAAAGUUACAAAGAGGGAUGCCUUUAUUGAGAAGGAUGUUUUCAUGAAUAUUCUGAUGUGGUGGGAAGACUUUGAUGGGAAGAUUCCAAUUCCGACUAUCCUAAAGCCGAGGCCAGUCUGGACAGGCAAACAGGUUUUCAAUCUUAUCAUACCAAAGCAGAUCAACCUCAUGCGCCAGUCCUUUGGACAUCCAGAUGGAGAAACUGGAGACAUGUCUCCUGGUGACACUGUUGUGCGUAUUGAGAAAGGAGAGCUUGUGUGCGGCAUUUUGUGUAAGAAGUCACUUGGUACAUCCGGUGGUAGUCUCAUUCACGUUAUCUGGGAGGAGGUUGGUCCAGAUGCCGCCCGCAAAUUUCUUGGGCACACGCAGUGGCUGGUCAACUACUGGUUGUUGCAACAAGGUUUCAGUAUAGGUAUCGGAGAUACUAUUGCUGAUUCAGCAACUAUGGAGAAGAUCAAUGACACCAUUGCCAAGGCCAAAAGUGAUGUGAAAGAGUUGAUCAAGCAGGCGCAGGAGAAACAGCUUGAGGCCCAGCCUGGUCGUACGAUGAUGGAGUCUUUCGAGAAUAAUGUCAACAGGGUGCUAAAUAAUGCUCGUGAUGAAGCCGGUUCCAGUGCCCAGAAAAGUUUGUCCGAGAGCAACAACUUGAAGGCUAUGGUUACGGCUGGUUCCAAGGGCUCCUUCAUCAAUAUAUCUCAGAUGAUUGCUUGUGUGGGUCAGCAAAAUGUCGAAGGAAAGCGUAUACCUUAUGGGUUCAUCGAUCGUACGCUACCUCAUUUCACGAAGGAUGACUAUGGGCCCGAGAGUCGUGGUUUUGUGGAAAAUUCAUACCUUAGAGGGCUUACACCGCAAGAGUUCUUCUUCCACGCUAUGGGAGGAAGGGAAGGUCUCAUCGAUACUGCUGUGAAGACAUCAGAGACAGGAUACAUCCAGAGGCGACUUGUGAAGGCUAUGGAGGAUGUCAUGGUCAAGUAUGAUGGUACAGUAAGGAACUCACUUGGAGAUGUGAUCCAGUUUCUGUAUGGGGAGGACGGUAUGGACUCUGUCUGGAUCGAAAGUCAGAAACUUGACUCUUUGAAAAUGAAGAAGAAAGAGUUCAACAACACUUACAAGUUCGAAAUAGACAGAGAUGACUGGAACCCUGACUACAUGCAACCAGAGGCAGCAGAGGACAUCAAGACCAUCCAGGAGUUCCGCAAUGUCUUUGAUGCUGAGGUGCAAAAGCUGGAGGCCGAUCGUAGACAGAUGGGAACUGAAAUCGCUCCUAGUGGAGAUCCAAACUGCUACCUGCCUGUGAAUCUGAAAAGGCUGAUCUGGAAUGCCCAAAAGAUUUUCAAGGUUGAUACCAAGAAGCCCUCUGACAUGCAUCCGAUGGAGAUUGUGGAGGCUGUUGAUAAGCUUCAAGAGCGUUUAAAGGUCGUUGCCGGGGAUGAUCCUAUCAGCAUGGAGGCCCAAAAGAAUGCUACGCUCUUUUUUAACUGCCUCUUGCGCAGCACGCUGGCUAGCAAGAGGGUUCUAAAAGAGUGGCGGCUUCCAAAGGAAGCUUUUGAAUGGGUAAUCGGUGAAAUUGAGACUCGGUUUUUGCAGUCCUUGGUUGCCCCAGGUGAGAUGAUUGGGUGCGUAGCCGCCCAGUCGAUCGGAGAGCCUGCAACACAGAUGACUCUUAAUACUUUCCAUUUUGCGGGAGUGUCUGCUAAGAAUGUGACUCUCGGUGUGCCCCGGCUGAGGGAAAUUAUCAAUCUUGCGAAGAAGACCAAAACUCCAUCCUUGUCUGUGUACUUAAAGGCUGGAGUGAACGGUGAAAAGGACAAAGCAAAGAAUGUGCAGUGUGCACUGGAGUACACUACUUUGCGAAGUGUGACCCAGGCUACAGAAAUCUGGUACGAUCCAGAUCCAAUGAGUACAAUCAUUGAAGAGGAUGUGGAGUUUGUUCGGAGCUACUACGAAAUGCCUGAUGAAGAUGUCGCACCUGAGAAGAUUUCACCAUGGCUUCUACGUAUAGAACUAAAUCGUGAAAUGAUGGUCGACAAGAAACUUACGAUGGCAGACAUUGCUGAGAAGAUCAAUUUGGAAUUUGAUGAUGACCUGACUUGUAUAUUCAAUGAUGACAAUGCGGAGAAACUCAUCUUGCGAGUGCGCAUUAUGAAUGAUGAGGCACCGAAGGGAGAAGUACCUGAGCAGUCAGAGGAUGACGUGUUUUUGAAGAAGAUUGAAAGCAACAUGCUUACAGAGAUGGCCUUAAGGGGGAUACCUGAUAUUCGAAAGGUUUUCAUCCGAGAAGCGAAGACACAAAAGUUUCAUGAGAUUGAUGGUUUUAAGCCUGAAAAGGAAUGGAUGUUGGAUACCGAAGGAGUGAACAUGCUGGCAGUCAUGUGUCACGAGGAAGUGGAUGCUACAAGGACGAACAGUAAUCACUUGAUAGAAGUCAUAGAAGUACUGGGAAUCGAAGCUGUGCGGAAUGCCCUUCUGAAAGAACUCCGAAGUGUUAUUGAGUUUGAUGGUUCUUAUGUGAAUUACCGUCACUUGGCUAUUCUGUGUGACAUCAUGACAUACAGGGGCCAUCUCAUGGCGAUCACUCGUCACGGUAUCAACCGUAAUGAUACUGGACCUAUGAUGAGGUGUUCUUUUGAGGAGACAGUGGACAUUUUGUUGGAUGCUGCUGUGUAUGCGGAAGCAGACCAUCUGAGAGGGGUCACGGAGAACAUUAUGCUGGGACAACUUGCUCCAAUUGGCACGGGUGACUUUGGCCUUCACCUGAAUGAGCAGAUGUUACAACAUGCCAUUGAGUUGCAAUUGCCCAGCUUCAUGGAGGGACCGGGUGACUUUGGGGUGACCCCCGCAAGAGGAUCUCCUAUGAUCGGAACCCCGCAUCAUGAAGGCAUGAUGUCCCCCAGCUACUUACUGAGUCCGAGCAUGAGAUCAUCUCCCAUUUCUGACUCUGCUCAGUUUUCUCCAUAUGUUGGGGGGAUGGUUUUUUCACCAUCUUCUCCCGGUUACAGUCCUACAUCUCCUGGGUAUAGUCCUCAGUCACCCGGAUAUAGUCCAACAUCUCCUGGGUACAGUCCAACUUCUCCAGGAUACAGUCCAUCAUCCCCUGCCUACAGCCCAACUUCACCCGGUUACAGCCCCACCUCUCCCGGUUAUAGUCCGACUUCACCUGCGUAUUCCCCAACCAGCCCAUCCUACUCUCCGACAUCGCCGAGUUAUAGUCCUACCUCACCAAGUUACAGCCCUACGUCCCCAAGUUAUAGCCCAACUUCACCUGCUUACAGUCCUACAUCUCCGAGCUAUAGUCCGAGUUCUCCAGCCUACAGUCCUACUUCCCCGUCUUACACUCCCUCUUCUCCUGCCUACUCUCCCACUUCUCCGAGCUAUUCUCCUACUUCUCCAAGCUACAGUCCUACGUCCCCUGGUUACAGUCCUACAAGUCCUAGUUACAGCCCAACAUCCCCUAGUUACAGUCCGACAUCCCCUAGUUACAGUCCGACCUCCCCUGCGUAUUCUCCCAGUAGUCCGAGAUAUUCACCUUCGAGUCCAUCAUACAGUCCUACCUCACCAAGUUACAGUCCGACGUCUCCUUCGUACUCACCAACGUCUCCAUCGUACUCACCAACGUCACCUACCUAUUCGCCUACGAGUCCUGGUUACAGCCCUACCUCGCCGCAGUACAGUCCCAGUGGUGGUUACUCUCCAUCAGCUCCAGGUUAUUCGCCCUCAGCAGCUCAGUACACCCCAACCUACAGCAAGGAUGAUGGUCUUGGUGGCAACCGUUCAUGACCGUGCGAUGUUGAUUUGGUUGCUCAGUACCCUUAAUCCUAAUUGCAAAGGGGUUUACUUGAUUUCUUGCUGUCACGUGUCAAAUGCUGAACUCCUCAUUAUAGGAGUCAGGGUUUCGAUUUGUACAUUUAUGUAAUUGUGAUGAGAAGAGGAAGAAGAGAAGGAAAACUUAAAAGUCAGAAGUCAGGCACGAGUUGAGGUGUAGGGGAAGAUUUUUGAUUUGGCCCCGUUUCAUACGACUGAAGUUUUCCUGCUAUUCAAGGAAAAAUUGUACAGUUUGCACCUAAAGCCAAAAGAAACUACUAAAGUAGAGGUCGACUGGUAAGACUUUUCGAACCUGGCCACAUAUCCAGAACUCGUCGUGUUGCCUCGAACAUGUCUCGUUUUUAGUUGCGGUUCUGGGCCCCAAAUGUGCUGUUGCGACUAGGGCACACAUGUUAACAAUUAUACUACAGAAUUGGCCUUGCUUGAUUGCGUGGCGGGCACUCGUGUAUUAUACUGUCCUUGAAACACACCAGGGGUCGACAGCGAGUUGAUUCUCGUAGAUGUCAAUCUGGUUCAUAUUUAAGGGUGUAGGACGCAAUUUGAGUCGUCAGCAGGCCUUGUGCAACCCUUUUUGGUUAUCAGAUGCCCGGGCAAAAGCGAGUGAUACAUUUUGACGAGGAUUUUAGCCCCGAAGUGAACUUAAUAACGUUCUACGGAUAAAAGAUGACUUGCGGAAAAAUUUCCCAGGCUGUUUCCGAGUCUGUAGAAAAUGGGCAACCGCUGAACGAGAAAGUAUUUCAGUGCCGGAUGCCACGACUUAUCUAUUCUGUACUGGCAUUAUCUGCCAAAUUUUGCCUUUAAAUAUUGAUAUGGCUUUGUGCAUCAUUUCGGAACUGGUGUAGGAUGUAGUCGAACCUUGCACUGGAGAGAGACUAUUUAAUUGGAGUAGUGGACUUUCACAUGGGACACAUCGAACUCAUACUAUUUAACAACCAAGGCGUCAUGUAUCCAUGACGCCGAGGCUGCGGUGACCGGGGAAUUAGCGUACACAGACGUCACAGGGAAGAUAUCUCCUGUGAUGGAAUUUCUGUUAACAAACAUUAACGCUCGGACAAGGUCGUGCGAAGAGAGUGAACUUUCCUUUAAGCCGAGCUAAAAAAUUUCUUACACCUGUAAGAGUCUAGGGGGAAGCUAUACAUAGCUGGUGAUACUUGAGCUGUUGUCUUUUGCAC